AUGGCCUCGGCAGCGGCGCCUUUACCAGUCCCCAAAGUAGAAGACGCUGCAGCCCAGGAACCUAGCAAUGAGGUCGUCAGCCCCGCGGAUGCGUUGUACGACAAAUGCGCAGAGCGGCCGCAAGGCACUGUCUUCUUCCAGCGCGACUUAUCCAAUAUGCAGGUCGCAGAGACUAUGGCAGAGCUGACGAUGCUCCUGCAAGACCUCUGCGACCGGCACCUGCUGAAGCUCAUGACACUGGAAGGCGAGCCUUGCUGGAAGUUGCGGUCACGAACAGACGCCGACAAACUGCGACGAUUGACACCCGACGAGCGCCUUCUCUACCACCACAUCGACCAAGUCCAGGCCGAGGGCAUCUGGUCCAAAGCGCUUCGCAUGCGAACAAAUGUUACGCAACAAGUUUUGACAAAAUGUCUGAAAAGUUUAGAGUCGAAGGAUCUGGUACAGUCCGUUAUGAGCGUCAAGUUUCCAAAUCGCAAGAUGUACCUCCUCAAGCACCUCAAACCAUCCGAAGACAUCGCCGGAGGCCCAUGGCAGUCUGAGGGUGACUUUGACACGGCACUCAUCGACGCGAUAUCUAGUGUCAUUGCGCAACACAUCGAGAACGAGACUUGUGUAAAGGUUCCGGGCAAUUGGAAUGACUAUGGACAACAUGACCGCGCGGCCGAGAUUGCGCGCAAGAAGGCGCAAGUGCAGGGCGUAAGGGAUAUCGAAGAAGCUCCCGCGGUGAAGCCAUACAGCAGGGAUCCGAGUUCCUCAAAGCUCGUGCACAAGAAUAGCCCGACAUACCCGACUGCUGCAUCUGUUGCGACCUGGCUCAACUCGAAGGAAGUGCUGAGGGGCAAAACUUGUCGUGAAGACGAUAUGGAGCAAUUGUUGGAAAUGAUGGUACUCGAUGGCCGGCUGGAGAAGAUUUCGGGUACUAACUAUCGGACUGUCCUCACUGCGGUUGAUAGCAAGGUGUACAACGGCUUCGUCGAUGCGCCGUGCGGGAACUGCCCAGUCUUUGAUCUAUGCGGAGACGAAGGCGAGAUUUCCGCGAGGACGUGCGUCUAUUUUGGGCAGUGGCUCGAAACCCAGUCUGAGGAGAUCUGA